CAUUUCCUUUUUCGGGUUUUCCCCAUCUUCUCCCCCUCCCCCUUCCCCCAAAUGCCGAUCGCCAGCCCUAACCACCACCUCCCGCCUCCUUCUCCCAUCCCCCGGGCCAGAGGCUCGCGCUCCGCCGCCGACCCCCGCUUCGCCGACUACCUUGACAACACUCUUCAUUGUCCGGAGCUGGCCCUCCCGCCAGUCUCGCACAUGCUGGUGCCCGCCGAGAUAGAGUACCGAUCGCUGUCCGCCCGGAUGGAUGCCGUGGUGAGAUCAGUGAAGGAGUUCGGUGCGUUCAGGAUAAAAGGUCACGGGAUAACGGCGCAGGAACUGGCUAAAAUGGAGGAAGAAGCGCAGGAGGCGGCCGCUCCGAAUGCCGGCCGAGUCAUUCCCUGCGUUCAUUGUCGCCAGGGUACAUUGCAGUUCAUCGCUUCCAAGUCUUUUGGCCUCCAUUCCCAUCCUAACUUUUGGAUUCCUAUGGGGAGAGUGGCUAGUAGACUAGAUAGCAUAGUGGAGCAAGUGAGUGCAGCUCUACAGCAGUUGAAGCAAGACACAGAGUCGGUGAUUAGCUUGUGCAGGCAUCCCCAUGGCAACGUGAGUGAAUCAGACGACACGGAUGAUGAGAGAUGGUGCGAUUAUGCUCUACGUUUCUACCUUCCAUUGCAGCAAUGUAUAUUCUAUGUCCAAUCCGGAAGAGGUCCCCUGUCAUUUGAUGCUGGUCCUGAUACUAUCGUUGUCACCGUUGGCAGACAACUCCAGGAGUGGAGCUGCGGGCAAAUUAAGAGUGUUGCUGCAGAAAUGAUAUUCAUGUCAGGUUUCCAGAGCAAGCAGGCCGCUUUAUCCGUAGAGCUUAAGUUGUUCCGCAGUCUGAACAAAUCUCACAAGAUGCUCUCCUUAUCUGAUCAGAUCCUUAUUCUACUCUGCCUUUCAUUUUUAUACAAUUUCUUGUUACUUCUCUUUUCUUCUUGAUCCCCAGUCGCAAGUGGUUGAAUCUUUUCGGUUGUGUGGUCAUGACUAAAGCCCCUCGAUUCGCCAAGUGACACCAAUUUUACCCUCUCAUUCACUUACUGAAAGCCAUUAUGAUGUACAGUUGAAGCGUAAAGGUUGUGGGGUUUGAUUAAAAUGCAAAUUAUUGCUUGAUUUCUGAGUUCGAAACAUGCAAAGUUAUUUGCUUUAAGCAUAUUUCUUGUUCCUUUAGUAUAUAUAAGAACGAUCACGUAUUUAUGGACUCAGUCUCUAUGAUGUUGAGUGUUAUUGAUAUAUUCGCGCGCUUUACAGCCUUUAGACGGGCUUUUGGUCCU